AUGGAUAUUGACACCACUUUAAGUCAGUGUGAUUUUGGUGAAACUGUUGGAGAUGAAUGCCAUAAGCUUUCGUAUACAAGAAAACAAGGUAUGGAAAAUCUUAGUGAUUAUUCUGAAGAAGUACAAGAAACAUUUCUCAUGAGGGCAAGAAUUGCUCAUCAACAAGAUAAAACAAAUAUGACUAUUUGUAUGCAUCAUAGCAAAAUGUAUGGCAACGUGUUUGAAAGAAAAUUCAACAAAUGUUGUAAUAUUUUCAACUCUCAUAAAGCAAAGGCAAAAGGCUGCCAUAUUAUCACCCUUCGUUUGGCAAAGCAACUAAUUAGCCAAAAAGGGAUAGAUGUAAUACCUGGCUGGCAACUUUGUAGAAAUUGUUUUCACAAGGCCAGAAAAGAAGAAGAAAAUGACGAGCCUGCAGAAGCAGGUGAUGAGAUUGACUAUGAAAUAACAGAAUUUGAACGAGAUGCAACAAAAGAGGCUGCAAGAGGUGUGAUGAACACCAGUUUUGAGGAGCUAGCAGUUUCUCCUAUAAAAACACACGGUCUAUCAAAGCAAAGAAAAAUCAAUGAGGCAAAGGGCAAAAUAGAUCGAGCAUGUGCAUCAAUUGAGGAAAGAGUUGCAGCUGCGAUCGAUGUUGAUUGUGAAGAAUUGAAAAGAAAAGACCCUC